CUCCUCCCCGCCCACUCCCUCCACUAUCUGCCUCCGGGACCAGGCCGUGAGGGGGCUGGAGCCGGUGGUGGCGGUGGAGGCGACAGUGACACGAUGUUCUCCAAGAAGCCGCACGGGGACGUCAAGAAGUCCACCCAGAAGGUGCUGGACACCAAGAAGGACGCGCUGACUCGCCUCAAGCACCUGCGUAUCGUCAUCGAGAAUGCAGAGUCUAUCGAUCUUAAACAAUUUUUUGACCAACAUUUUUCACAUAUAUAUUAUGUAUUCUUUGAAAACUUUGUGACAAUUGAAGCAAGUCUUAAACAGAAAGGUCAUAAAUCUCAGAGGGAGGAAUUGGAUGCUAUACUUUUUAUUUUUGAGAAAAUUUUACAGCUUCUUCCAGAAAGAAUUCAUCAGCGAUGGCAAUUUCAUAGUAUUGGAUUGAUUUUAAAGAAGCUACUUCACACAGGAAACUCCUUGAAGAUCAGACGUGAAGGUGUCCGUCUUUUCUUAUUAUGGUUACAAGCACUUCAGAAUAACUGCAGUAAAGAACAGCUGUGGAUGUUUUCAUGUUUAAUACCUGGAUUUUCAGCACCACAAUCUGAACAUGGACCUCGAACUUUAGAAAAUCUCAUCAAUCCUCCACUCAACCUUCAAGAAACUCAAGUCACUAUAGAGGAAAUCACUCCUCUUGUUCCCCCACAAUCAGGGGAUAAAGGACAAGAGGAUCUCACAAGCUACUUUUUGGAAGCACUUUUAAAAUAUAUAGUAAUUCAGGUUAAGAGUUUAGAAUGGAAGAACAAAGAAAACCAAGAAAGGGGGUUUUCCUUUUUGUUUUUACAUUUUAAGAAAUAUUACUUGCCUUAUAUUUUUCCAAACAUCUGCAAGGAGAACAGUUUAUAUCAUCCUGCACUUGAUAUCCCACAGAUGAGACCAAAGCCACAUUAUGUAAUGGUAAAGAAGGAUGCUGAAACCAAUGAAGCAAUCUAUUGUACAAAGGAGCCUUUUAUUAAGGCUCGUGUUAUUGUCAUUCGUUGGCUGGUUUCUUUCUGGCUUGAGCCAAAACCACAUAUAGGACCUCAUAUUCCUGGGAUGGAAGGUGAAGUCUUACCAAAGAAUAUUCAGAGAGCAGCUGCUAGUUUGGCAUCUCGAGAAGAAAACAAAAAUGAUAAUACUGAUAAAGCAGACAGAAGCACAGAGGCAGAACAAUCUCAUUCCAACACAAGCACUCUCACAGAGCGAGAACCUAGCUCCUCUAGUCUCUGCAGUAUUGAUGAAGAACAUCUCACAGACAUUGAAAUUGUUCGGAGAGUUUUUUCUUGUAAAAGAAGUAAUGUAAACUUUGUCACAGAGAUAUUUCGUCAGGCAUUUUUAUUGCCAAUUUGUGAAGCAGCAGCUAUGAGAAAAGUGGUAAAAGUUUAUCAAGAAUGGAUCCAACAAGAAGAAAAACCUUUGUUCAUGCAAGAACCUGAAGAAAUUGUGAUCUCAUCUUCAGACUUACCUUGCAUUGAGAAUGUCAUAGACCAUGAUAUUUCAGUGGAAGAAGGAGAAAAAAGAGAAGAGGAAAAUGGGACCAUUACUGCUGAUAAUGCUCGAAAUUCCAGCUGGGCAAAAAAUUCUUCCUACCAAGAUGUUCUUCAUAAUGCCUCUGAAGAAGCCACAGAACAAAAUAUACAUGCUGGUACCCAGGCAGUCUUGCAGGUGUUUAUUAUAAACUCUUCAAACAUAUUUCUUCUUGAACCGGCAAAUGAAAUAAAAAAUCUCUUGGAUGAGCACACAGAUAUGUGUAAACGCAUUCUUAACAUAUACCGGUUUAUGGUUGUUCAAGUAUCAAUGGACAAAAAGACUUGGGAACAGAUGCUGCUUGUGUUGCUCAGAGUCACGGAGUCUGUACUGAAGAUGCCAUCACAAGCUUUUCUACAAUUCCAGGGGAAAAAAAAUAUGACCUUGGCAGGUCGACUUGCAGGACCACUUUUCCAGACUCUGAUAGUCGCCUGGAUUAAAGCAAAUCUAAAUGUCUACAUCUCUCGUGAGCUUUGGGAUGAGUUACUUUCAGUAUUGUCAUCGUUGACCUGUUGGGAAGAGCUGGCCACUGAGUGGUCACUGACUAUGGAGACACUAACUAAAGUUCUAGCUAGGAAUUUAUAUAGUUUGGACCUCAGUGAUUUACCAUUGGAUAAGCUGAGUGAACAGAAGCAAAAGAAGCACAAAGGCAAAGGAGUUGGACAUGAAUUUCAGAAAGUGUCUGUUGACAAGUCAUUUUCUAGAGGAUGGAGCCGUGAUCAGCCUGGGCAAGCUCCAAUGAGACAGAGAAGUGCAACAACCACUGGUUCCCCAGGAACUGAAAAGGCGAGGAGUAUAGUACGGCAAAAAACUGUGGAUAUUGAUGAUGCUCAGAUACUACCCCGCCCAACUAGAGUCAGACAUUUUUCACAAAGUGAAGACACUGGAAAUGAAGUUUUUGGUGCUAUGAGUGAGGAACAGCCAUUGCCUCGAAGUAGCAGUACUUCUGACAUCUUGGAACCAUUCACUGUUGAGCGAGCCAAAGAGGCAGAACAGAAUGCCACCAGAGGCUCCACUGAGGGAUCUGUACAGUCAUGUAAUGGGCUAUUUUGGAAGGAAAGCUGCAGUGAUAUUGGCAGCAGCAGCACUAAUGUUCCUGAUCUGAUGGAUGAGUUUAUAGCAGAACGACUUCGAAGUGGUAAUGCCUCAACUAUGACAAGAAGAGGAAGUAGUCCAGGCAGCCUUGAGAUUCCCAAAGACCUUCCUGAUAUUCUAAACAAACAGAAUCAAAUGCGCCCUGUUGAUGAUCCUGGUGUGCCCUCAGAAUGGACUUCUCCUGCAAGUGCAGGGAGCAGUGAUCUCAUCAGCUCAGAUAGUCAUUCGGAUUCUUUCAGUGCUUUCCAAUACGAUGGCCGAAAAUUUGACAAUUUUGGCUUUGGAACUGAUACUGGAAUUGCAACCUCUGCUGAGGUGGAUUCAGGCUCUGGCCAUCAGCAGAGUGCUGAGGAACAGGAAGUGGCUAGUCUUACCACACUUCACAUAGAUUCUGAAACAAGCAGUCUUAAUCAGCAAGCAUUCUCUGCAGAAGUUGCGACGGUUACUGGUUCUGAAAGUGCUUCCCCAGUCCAUUCAGCUUUGGGAUCCAGAUCACAGACACCGUCCCCUUCUACACUGCAUAUAGAUCAUAUGGAACAUAAAGAUCUACAGCUUGAUGAGAAGCUUCACCACUCUGUUCUUCAGACACCAGAUGAUCUAGAGAUCAGCGAAUUUCCAUCUGAAUGUUGUAGUGUGAUGGCAGGGGGUACUCUUACAGGAUGGCAUGCUGAUGUUGCUACUGUAAUGUGGCGAAGAAUGCUUGGCAUUUUGGGAGAUGUCAAUGCUAUUAUGGAUCCUGAAAUACAUGCUCAAGUUUUUGAUUAUCUUUGUGAACUUUGGCAAAAUCUAUCUAAGAUUAGAGAUAACCUUGGCAUUUCAGUUGAUAACCUGACCUCCCCUUCUCCACCAAUUUUAAUUCCUCCGCUGAGAAUUCUUACACCUUGGCUUUUCAAGGCAACUAUGUUGACUGAUAAAUAUAAACAAGGUAAAUUACAUGCUUAUAAACUUAUUUGUAAUACAAUGAAAAGAAGGCAAGAUGUGUCACCAAACAGAGAUUUUCUAACACAUUUCUACAAUAUAAUGCAUAGUGGAUUACUUCAUAUUGAUCAGGAUAUUGUCAAUACAAUUAUCAAGCACUGCUCACCUCAAUUUUUUUCACUUGGUUUGCCUGGUGCCACAAUGCUUAUUAUGGAUUUUAUCGUAGCUGCUGGCAGAGUGGCUUCUUCAGCUUUUCUAAAUGCACCAAGAGUGGAAGCACAGGUUCUUCUGGGAUCCUUGGUUUGCUUUCCCAAUUUAUAUUGUGAAUUAUCUGCUCUUCAUCCCAACAUUCCUGAUAUUGCUGUGUCUCAAUUUACAGAUGUUAAGGAACUUAUAAUCAAAACUGUAUUGAGCUCGGCAAGAGAUGAGCCAUCUGGUCCUGCACGAUGUGUAGCACUUUGCAGUUUAGGUAUUUGGAUUUGUGAAGAACUUGUCCAUGAGUCUCAUCAUCCUCAAAUUAAAGAAGCGCUGAAUGUAAUUUGUGUCUCAUUAAAGUUUACCAAUAAGACAGUCGCACAUGUAGCUUGUAACAUGCUUCACAUGUUGGUUCAUUAUAUACCUAGACUUCAGAUUUACCAGCCAGAUUCUCCCUUGAAAAUUAUUCAGAUCCUAAUAGCCACUAUUACCCAUCUUUUGCCAAGUACAGAAGCUUCAUCUUAUGAAAUGGACAAGAGGUUGGUAGUAGCCUUACUUCUGUGUCUUUUGGACUGGAUCAUGGCCUUACCUCUAAAGACACUACUCCAACCAAUCCACACUACAGGAUCAGAAAACAAUAAAACAGAAAAAUCUGUUCUCAGUUGUAUUUAUAAGGUUUUACAUGGGUGUGUUUAUGGAGCUCAGUGUUUUAGCAAUCCAAGGUAUUUUCCAGUAAGCCUGUCUGACUUGGCAUCAGUAGAUUAUGAUCCUUUCAUGCAUUUGGAAAGUCUGAAAGAACCAGAACCUCUACACUCUCCUGAUUCAGAAAGAUCUUCUAAACUCCAACCAGUAACAGAAGUGAAAACCCAAAUGCAACAAGGAUUAAUCUCUGUAGCAGCUCGCACUGUGAUUACACACCUGGUAAAUUACUUGGGCCACUAUCCAAUGACUGGUGGUCCUGCUAUGUUAACAAGCCAGGUAUGUGAAAACCAUGACAAUCAUUACAGUGAAAAUCCUGAACUUUCUCCAGAGCUCUUUGAGAGUCCAAAUAUCCAGUUCUUUGUGUUGAACAAUACAACCUUAGUGUCUUGUAUCCAGAUCAGAUCAGAAGAGAGUAUGCCUGGAGGAGGAUUAUCUGCCGGCCUUGCAUCAGCCAAUUCAAAUGUCAGAAUCAUAGUACGUGAUCUCUCUGGAAAAUAUUCAUGGGACUCUGCCAUCCUGUAUGGACCACCUCCUAUAAGUGGCUUAUCAGAACCUACAUCCUUCAUACUUCCAUUGUCUUACCAUGAGAAGCCAGAAGAUCUUCCUACAUCUAAUGAGUGUUUAGAAGAGACAAUAGAAAAAGAUGGACAGUCCCUACAGUUUAAAAGAAGACUUAGAGAAACGGUACCAACCUGGGAUACAAUAAGAGAUGAAGAAGAUGUUCUUGAUGAGCUCUUGCAGUAUUUAGGGGUUACCAGUCCUGAAUGCUUACAGAGAACUGGAAUCUCACUUAACAUUCCCGCUCCACAACCUGUAUGCAUUUCUGAGAAACAAGAAAAUGAUGUUAUUAAUGCUAUCCUUAAGCAACAUACAGAGGAAAAAGAAUUUGUUGAGAAACAUUUUAAUGACUUAAACAUGAAAGCUGUUGAACAAGAUGAACCAACACCUCAGAGGCCUCAGUCGGCAUUUUAUUAUUGCAGAUUGCUACUUAGUAUAUUGGGAAUGAAUUCCUGGGACAAAAGGAGGAGCUUUCAUCUCCUGAAGAAAAAUGAAAAGCUACUUAGAGAACUUAGAAACUUGGAUUCAAGGCAGUGCCGAGAGACACACAAGAUUGCAGUGUUUUACGUUGCUGAAGGACAAGAAGACAAACACUCCAUUCUCACCAACACUGGGGGAAGUCAAGCAUAUGAGGAUUUUGUAGCUGGUCUUGGUUGGGAGAUAAAUCUUACAAACCAUUGUGGUUUUAUGGGAGGACUACAGAAAAAUAAAAGCACUGGAUUGACCACUCCAUAUUUUGCUACCUCCACAGUAGAAGUAAUAUUUCAUGUGUCAACAAGAAUGCCUUCUGAUUCUGAUGACUCUGUAACCAAAAAAUUGAGACAUUUAGGAAAUGAUGAAGUACACAUUGUUUGGUCAGAGCAUACUAGAGACUACAGGAGAGGAAUUAUUCCUACAGAAUUUGGCGAUGUCCUUAUUGUAAUAUAUCCAAUGAAAAAUCACAUGUUCAGUAUCCAGAUAAUGAAAAAACCAGAGGUUCCCUUCUUUGGUCCACUUUUUGAUGGUGCUAUUGUGAAUGGAAAGGUUCUACCCAUUAUGGUUCGGGCAACAGCUAUAAAUGCAAGCCGUGCUCUGAAAUCACUGAUUCCAUUGUAUCAAAACUUCUAUGAGGAGAGAGCACGGUAUCUGCAAACAAUUGUUCAGCAUCAUUUAGAACCAACCACAUUUGAAGAUUUUGCAGCACAGGUUUUUUCUCCAGCUCCCUACCAUCAUUUACCAUCAGAUGCUGAUCAUUAAAUAUCAGUUCUGUUUGUCUGAAGGCACCUACUCAGAGAUUCUACCCAGUGAAACUCCAACAGCAGCGCAGGUAGAUGGGGCUGAUCUGGCCUCUCCAAUGUCCCCUCGAACUAGCAAGAGCCGCAUGUCCAUGAAGCUGCGUCGUUCCUCAGGCUCAGCCAAUAAAUCCUAAGGAGACAAGCAAAGCAGCCUUGCAGUGAUCAGCAGUAGCCACCUUAGCUUGAAGUUAGUGUUAACUCUGUUAGGCCUUCAUAUCUGCUAUAACAUGCAUGUACCUUCCUGUACAUUUAUUUUAGAAAACACUGGAUUUAAGUAAUUUCUAACUUAACAUUUUAGAUUUGGGUUGUUUAUUCAGUUGGGUUUUUUUUUCUUCCCCACAGUCCAAUCUGCCAUAUUUUUUGUGGGAGUGUAGAAUAUUAUUCUACACCCUUUAUUUUCCUGGAUAAUUAUGUCUAAAUAGUUUCACUUUUAAUUUCAUGAUUAACUUUGAGCCAAAAUAUAAAUUGGACAAAUAGUCUCAUUAUUUUAUUUAUUGUGUCCCAUUGCAGUUUUAUUGCUCAAUAUAUAAUUUUUUUUUACAAAUGUAAAAUUUUAAAUUUAGGCAUUUGUAAAGUUAUAGUAAAACAUCAGAACUGUUAAUAUACAGGAUGUGUACAGAUUAUUUAUGUUAUGAAAAUAAAACACUUAAAAGGUCUUUUAGCAUCUCAAAUUCCAACUAAAGUAAUUUUAGCAUUAACUUUUCCCCCCAAAAGCAGUGUCUCAGUUCUUGACUGUGCAGCUGAUGCCAUGAUACUCAGAAAAAUCACUGUGCUGAACUUUGAUGUAUAUUUAGCAUCCAGUUUUUCUGAUGUUUUGGUUUUGAAGUGGUAUCCCUGUAAAAUGCCAUUUCUUUGAGAUUGUGGCCCUUUUAUUAUCAGCUAUUAAAUCCUGGUGUAUCUAUGUACUUGUUUAAAUACCAAAAGGAGGGGAGAAAAAUAAAAGAUUCUGCUGAUAUAAAUCUGUUGCUCAAAUAAUGUGUAUUA